CUUGUUUUGGACGUCCGUGUUGGAUUUGGCAAGUUCGGGCUGACGCAACGGACCAAGCCUCCCUCGGCGCGUCGGCUUCGUGUCCUAUCGCACUCGGACGCGCGGGAACGAUUCUACACCCCGAAACGCGCCUUGACAAAGUAUCGCGAGCGCUUUUUGCCAUGACUGAACUGGAAAAGUUGGCUGCCGAGACGGACGCUCUCGCCAAAGGUUCUGCCUUCUCCUCGGGGAACCCUUCGCUCUAUGAUGUUCAAAUCAUGCGAGCGCAGACAGCCCGCCUCGACGUGGAGAUUGAGCGGAUGGAGGCUCGGCUCGCCGAAGCGCGUCGGGUACGCGAUUUGAGCAAGGCGGUUGUCGCUCCCAUUCGCCGCCUACCACCCGAGCUACUUUCGGAGGUCUUCCUCCUGGCGGCGCCGGCAACCUGGUACGACGAGUGCAGCGGCGACAGAAUGCAGGACAUCCGGUACGCCGAGGUCUGUCGCGGUUGGCGGGCCAUCGCGCUGGGCACGCACGCACUCUGGAACACGAUCAAGAUUGUCGUGGAGGAAGAGAGCACGUCGGAAAACGAGGACGAAGAUGAGGACGAGGAUGAAUCUGACAGCGAGGACGGCCAUCGCCCGCUCUCGAAGAGUAAGCGAAAUCAGCGAUGGGAUCAUAUUGUCGACGUCUGGCUCGCGCGCUCCGGCGGCGCACUGCUCAACGUCACCUUCCUCAACGGCAUGGGAGACGAUGCGGUCGAUGUGGGCGUGUCCGCGUGGAAGCGCCUUGUCGCGGAAUGUCACAGAUGGCGCUCCGUCCACGUACAAGCGCCAUAUGAGUUCUACGAAGGCCUCGAGGAUCUGCACUUUCCCGCUCUUGUCGACAUUCACUUGUCGGCUGGGGGCUGGGAGGAAGAAGCUCUGACCCAUCCGCAUCCCGUUCCUGCCUUCACGCACGCGCCCAACAUGCGCCGCCUCACUUGCGAGGAUGUGAGGGUCCAGUACUGGUUCCCGGACGUCCUGCCGUCGGUGCCCUCUUCGUGGAAACCGUCCACUGUGCAUGUAAUCUGCUCGGAAUCGAUGCACGACAUGCAGGCGGCCGCGUACCCUAUUACGCUCUGCGCGGAGUCCGUGGAGACAUGCCUAAUGAUGCUAACCUGCGCCCCUCGCCCUUUCGACCCGCCGCAGACUCGCACGCGCAUGUCCCGCCUCAAGACCCUCGGGACGGCCAACAGAGGCUGCGAGCUGCUCUACUACAUCGACGCGCCGGCCCUCACGACCCUUCAUAUGAUGGCGCGCGGAUCUACCUUGAGUGAGGGCAUCUACGCUGAUCAAAUGGCCUGCCUAAAAGUCAUGCUCCUCCGCGACUUGUCUAUGCGGCUUGAAUCCCUACUACUCACCGAUAUCUCUGCAUCCUGCGGCGAUAUCAUCGAGUGCUUGGAGCUCCUUCCCUCCCUAGGCCAGUUCUCCCUCGAGCGCAUCCGGCUCGGAAGAAAUGGGCCGUUCGACAUAAUACCUCUGUUGCGCAAGCUGACGCGCGACAACUCGCGACCGGAAUCUCUCACCUUCCUCCCGCACCUCGGCGACCUGACGCUCAGCUGGCGGACUGCAUACGGUCGACAAGAGCGCGAGCUUUGCAUGCCAAUUCUGACCGACAUGGUCAUCUCAAGACUCGAGGACAUCGACGCGGAGGAGUACCAUGAGGGAUUGUAUGAUUUUGAGACCAACCUGGACCCGGAUCUGACGUUGGAUGAUGUUCUCGAUAUUGCUAUGGAACGCGAGAAGACGUCGAAAAAAGAAUCAACGACGUGAGGAAGGGAUCAAAUUCUAGCUGUGCCCAUUCCAGCCUCUCGACCCAGUUGUUUCUCCGCAUGCCAAUAUGUAUGCUCUAGAAACGAAUCGAACACUCUGACGUAGCAUGCUUGCUACACGCUCUUGAUUUCUUUUUG